CCAUUAUUUUCACUACUCAACACUUCAGCAACUACAAGCUCUCCAACAAACUACAAGAAGGUUAAGAAGAACAAGAAAGGGAAUUUUUAUUUAUUUUUGAAGAAGGAAGAUGAAGAACAGUGGGAGUGAGAUUGAGUUGCCUCCAGGAUUCAGGUUUCAUCCCACGGAUGAGGAAUUGGUGAUGCAUUAUUUGUGUAGGAAAUGUGCUUCUCAGCAGAUUUCUGUGCCGAUUAUUGCGGAGAUUGAUCUCUACAAGUUUGAUCCAUGGCAGCUUCCUGAAAUGGCUUUGUAUGGUGAGAAAGAGUGGUACUUCUUUUCUCCAAGAGAUAGGAAAUAUCCGAACGGUUCGAGGCCGAACCGGGCGGCCGGGACAGGGUACUGGAAGGCAACCGGAGCCGAUAAACCGAUCGGAAAGCCGAGCACGGUGGGAAUUAAAAAGGCGUUGGUGUUUUAUGCCGGAAAGGCCCCUAGAGGGGUGAAAACCAAUUGGAUUAUGCACGAGUACCGGUUAGCGAAUGUGGACCGAUCCGCCAACAAGAAAAACAGUAACCUCAGGCUUGAUGAUUGGGUAUUAUGUCGAAUAUACAACAAAAAAGGGACUCUUGAGAAGCAUCAAAUAGUGAAUCAAAGCCCUGUAAGCUACAAUGAAAUGGAAGACAUGGUCGAAAGCAAGCCGAAUUUCUUAGCAUUUGAUCAAACACUAGUGAAACAAUCAAUGUCACCGCAAACAGAAUCAAUGCCGCAACAGCGAUCAGUAAUGCCAAUGCAGACUGCCAAGGCUUAUUCGCCUUUCGACACGUCCGAGUCCGGGGCCAGGUUCCACACGGACUCGAGCUGCUCCGAGCACGUUUUAUCGCCUGAAUUCACGUACGAGAAGGAAAGGGAGGUACAGAGUGAGCCCAAAUGGAGCGAAUUGGAGAACGCGAUCUCCAAUUCGCUCGAUUUUCCAUUCAACUACGACUAUUUUCAUGAUAACCCCUUCACUCCUGAGCCUCAGUACAAUGAUCAACAAUUCUCACUACAGGACAUGUUCAUGUUCUCGCAAAAGCCCUUUUGAAUUCAAGCAAGACAACAGGGAUUCAUCAUUCAUGGAUCAAAUGGCCUAAUUGGAGUAAUGGAGUUGAUAAGAUAUAGUGCCCGUUUGGCAACGUCUUGUAAGUAGCUUUCGAGAUGAAAAAUCCGUUCAUUUUUUCGACUUAUAAACUACUUAUAAGUUAAAUCAAACGGGAACGUUAGACCACCAGAACAUGUAGAAAAGUGUCUUGGUUUAGUGAUUACAUUAGUUAGUUCUCUAGCACAAGAUUCACAACAUGUUACUAGGUGAUCAUGUUUCAAUUAAUUGUUUUGGUGUACACAAUUUUCUGUAAGUAAGGUUGAAAUAAAGUGCAUUAUUUCAUUAUU